ACUUUAAGAUUAAACAUGUUCAACAUUAGUUUUUCGAAACCUCGCAAGCGUAUAGCACGUAAAAAUGAAUUUUGCCAUCCGCCUAAGCAUUAUGCUGGCUGUACUAUUUGGUCUCUGGGGCAACAUCAGUGCCAGUGUGAGUGACGAAGAUAUCCUGAAUCUUCAGUACAUGCUUCGAGUUCUGCCAGGGACUUAUCCGGAUAUGCAACUGCAGAUUGCCAGGCUUAUUGCGCAUUAUAAAUACCGCACGGGCAAUGUAAACUUCGCCGAACUCAAUGGAUAUAUUUUCAGACUGCGAGAAAUGCUCCUAGUUCAUCCAGGAACUGAUGUGUACACCAACUCGCAGAUCACUAAACAAAUUUACAAUAUGUGCAAGGAAGAAGAUACGGACGGGCGGUGCCUUAUCGGUAUAGGCGAUUUGAUAAUUGAAGCAAGGAAUAGAAACUGGAUAGAGAAGUAUAUAAGGGAACAUUGACGUUGCAAGCGUUUGGCGUUGAAAUCAAUAAAAACCCAUUAGAGAUUAGCGGGUUCAACAUUUCAGGGUGAAUAUAUUUUUGUUUUAUUUUAGCUGAAAAGAAAGCACACCCAUAAAACUAUUGCUUACUAAUUUAUAUACAUAUAAGCUACUAUACUUUUCCACAAAGAAAGGUGAAAUACA